AUGUAUUACAAUACUUACAAAUCCUUAAAGAGGAAUUUUCCAGAAUAUGGUAUAGCAGUCACUGAUACUGUAAAGAAGUUAAUUCAUAAUCCUUUCAACGUCGAAGUCGAGAAUGUUCAUGAUGAAAUACAAGAAGAAUUAAUAGAAUUUCAGAACAACAGUAACUUGAAAAAUUUGUUUGAUUAUAAUACGAACUUAGAAGAGUUUUGGUGUAAAAAAGCAUACAAACAGCAUACAAAACUCAUGGUUUUUUUCAACUACAUAUUUAUUUUUCCUAAAAAUGAAGGUCGGAAGCAACUGUGGUUAAAAGCAUGUAAUAUGAAAUUGUACUUGCCAUCUUACAAGAUAUGUGGUGAUCACUUUUUGUCUGAAAAUUACCUACCUAGCGGUUAUCUAAAAAAUAAUGCUGUUCCAUUCCUCUCAUCUACAAAACGUUCAGAUAUUGACCAUGAUAAUACAAGUCCAGUGAAACGUAAAGUGUUAAAUGCCAACUCAAUUGGAGUUUUAUCACCAAGUCAUUUUAGAACUCCGAGAAAGGCAAAGAGACAUUUGGACAUGGUGAAGAACAAAUACAGAGAAAAGCAAAUUCAAAAUGAUAAUCUCAAAAAACAAAUUAAAAGACUGAAAGAAAAAGUCAAAACGUACGAUGAUCUUGUUCAAAAGUUACACCAAAAGCAAUUUUUAACUGAGAAUGCAUCUGUCCACUUGCAGGAUUUUGAAAGACCUAGUUCUUCAAAACGUCAUUGUGAUGAAGAAGAAAACGAUACAGAACUUACACCAAAAUACAAAAGGCAAUACAGAGGUGAAUUAACAAUGAAUGAAAAAUCCAAAAAUGUACGAAAACAAUUAUUUUCUGAUUCCUGGCUUGAGGAUGAUCGUUUUAAAGGCUGGUUAAGGGCGAUUCCUGAUCAACCAUCCAAGGCUUCUUGUAUAGCCUGCAACCUAAUUUUUGGUACUAAAAAGUCUGAUAUAAUAAGACAUAGUGAAUCACAAAGACAUAUCAGGUCAGUAUCAAGUUUAAAGAAUGUAACUAAAUUAGAGUUUAGACCUGACUCUGAAAUAGUUAAAAUGCGUACCCAAGUACAAAAGACAGAACUUAUGCUAGCUCAUUUUGUAGCAUGUCAUAAUUUGAGCUUCAGAAGUAUUGAUCACUUAUCUCAAUUGCCUAGUCUUAUAAUGAAUGAUUCAAAAAUUUCCAAACAGAUUUCUUUAAAGCGUACCAAAUGUAUUAAAUUAAUUAAAAAUGUUCUUGCAAGUGUUGUUGAAGAUAAUAUAGUGAAAGAAAUAGAGAAUAAAAAGUUUUCUGUAUACCUUGAUGAGACAACAGACAUUGCCAAUAUUAAAGUUUUGGCAAUAUUGGUAAAAUAUAUUUCAAACAAUCAAAUUCAAACACAUUUGCUAGAUUUGGUUCCUGUUGAUGCUAACCAUGGAACUGCUAAGGGCCUCUACAUGUUGUUUUCCAAGAGUUUAGACAAACUAAAACUAAGUACAGAUAACAUUAUAGGAUAUUGUGCUGAUAAUGCAUCCGUUAUGAUGGGUUCCAAAGAGUCCUUUAAAGUUCACUUAUUAAAUGAUAAUUCAAAUAUAAUUGUAAAUGGAUGCAUAUGCCAUUCUUUCCAUUUGAUAGCUUCUUCAGCAGCUUCUUGUAUCCCAAGUAAUAUUGAAAUUUUAUUACAAAACAUUUCUUCUUAUUUUUCUCGAAGUCCAAAAAGACAAUCUGUCUUGAAAGAAUUGCAAAGGUUUUUGAAUGAAUCUCAAUUGAAAAUACUAAGUCCAAGUCAAACCAGAUGGUUGGCACUAGAUAAAUGUGUUGAAAGAGUAUUAAGCCAGUGGAGAAUACUUAAUGAUUUAUUCCGAUUAGCCUAUGUAGAAGAAAAGAAUCCAGCUGCAAAUGUCAUAUACCAGGAACUACAAAAUCCAUACACUAAAGCUUACUUAUGUUUUUUGCAUUUUAUUCUUCCUGUUUUCAAUACUUUUAACGCUUUAUUUCAGUCUGAAAAACCUCUAGUAUUUAUUCUUUACGAGGAAAGUGUUAGAUUUCUGCGUAUAAUGUGUUCAAAAUUUUUAAAGGCAGAAUGUUACAAAAAUGAUGAAUUUGACAAGUUUAAAAAUCCUUCAAUGAUACUUCCCAACAAUGAUAUUGAAAUUGGCCAUGAAGCUAGAAAAAUAUUAACCAGUUUUGAAGAUAGUUUAAAACGUCUUCCAAUACAUACUCUGUAUAAAGAAUUUAGAUUUGUUGAUCCAAAAAUUGUACUUACAAAGUCUAAUAUCACACUAGAUUGCACCAUAAAAUCAUUGAACUACCUAAAUAAGAAAGAAGUUAUUUUAAAUGAAUUAGGUCAGAUAAAAAAUUACUUUUCAGAUUCUGAGAAAACUGAAUUACCUACUGAUGUAUUACAGUUUUGGAAUUACAUAUAUGAGAUUAAAAACUUUAAUGAUUGUGGCAUUUUUAAGAACAUAGCUGAAUUAGCAUUGAAUGUAUUGUGUUUGCCUCAUGGUAAUGCCAGUGUUGAAAGAAUUUUCUCUAUGAUGGCAGAUAUAAAGACAAAAAAAAGAAACCAACUUAAACCAAGUACUGUUAAAGCUUUAUUAAGAAUAAAGUUAGAUAUGUCUAAUAAAAACAUGUGUUGCCUUACUACAACUAUAACCGAGCAACAUCUCAAAAAAUUUAACCAACACAUGUAUAACGACGAAGAUGAAUCUGAUGAAACUGACCAUGGAUCUGAUACUAAUUAAACACAAAUAAAUAAUAAUAAUUGUUUUGUUCGUUUUUUUUAUAACUUUUAUACCAGAAUUGAUAUGACGUAAUUUGUGUUGAAUUGAUAAUUUUUUGACUACUACUUAUUUGUAUUUGUAUUUUAACAUUUUAAAUUUUAUAUUAUAAUAAUGACGUGAUUUUUACUAAUUUAUUUCUUUACAUGUUACCUAUAACCACGGUCUUAGAACGAUAACAACAAAUGAUAAGUGAUAACAGUGAUAAUAACCGUGGCGCUAUCGUAGCGCUUUUUAUUCUCAUUAGUGG